AAUCAUAACAAAUAAAGAAAAUAAAACGUGGAGGAGUGAAAGGCGACCAGACACGAGGAAGAAUAUCCACGUCCAUUACAGAGCGAUCCUUCUCCGUCUCUCGUAUAUCUUUGGCUCUUCCCCACUUCACCUCCUCCUCCAAUUUCCACUGCAGAUAAUAUAUUAUGGGCACUGGGCAGUUAUAAUCUGUGUUACUACGCUCUUAAUUACCAUUAAAUCCAAUCCAACCCAACCACCCAACAUUGAAGAAGAUGAGGCCCCAUCUCUCCCAACCCUCAUUUCAUCGUCUUGUUUCUAUCUUCUGUGAACGGUGAGGACUGAAUUGUUGCGAAUUUAUGAUCCAUACCCGAAAACCCAUCAACCCAUUAGCCCAAAACCAGCAUCUCCUUUCUUCCCUGUGCCUGGUGAUUGAUUUGGUUCCCAUUGAAGGUUGAAGAAGACGAAGAAUUUGAAAAAAAGGAGAAUUGGGUUCUUAUGUCAGGGGCAAAGCCGGCCUCUGAGCAUGUCGGCUUCCCCACCGGGGACGCAAACAAGCACAGUGCUGACGGCUGCUGCAACCCAGUGAAGAAAAGCGGACCCAUUUCCAUGGAUCACGUUCUUCUGGCCUUGCGCGAGACCAAGGAGGAGAGAGAGAUCAGACUUCGAAGCCUUUUCAAUUUCUUCGAUGCUACGAAUCUAGGGUACUUGGACUAUCCCCAGAUCGAGGCCGGUUUAUCGGCGCUUCAGAUUCCGCCGGAGUACAAGUACGCCAAGGAUCUUCUGAAGGUUUGCGAUGCCAACAGAGAUGGAAGGGUCGAUUAUCUCGAGUUCCGAAGGUAUAUGGAUGACAAGGAGCUCGAGCUGUAUCGAAUUUUUCAGGCCAUUGAUGUUGAGCACAAUGGCUGCAUUCUGCCUGAAGAGCUUUGGGAUGCUCUUGUCAAGGCUGGUAUGCCCAACCAACCAUACUUUCUCCUUCUAAAUUACUCAUAAUCUCUAACUCUGUUAUGCUAGUUUCUAUGUUAAUAAUGAGGGUAUAUUCAUUGGCCGGGACCCAUGUAGACUGUAGAGCAUUGAUUUCCUAGGAUCUUUUUCUGUCAAAUGGUUAGAGGAUAUUGUUGCUGCUGCUGCUUUGAGGCAUUAUUUAUAGUAUUGCUAUGGCUGUGGUAUGAAUU